UUGUCUCGUGCGAGGCAGGAGAGACCAGCAGGCGGCUCCGGGCUCGCGCUCGCUUCCCCGGUUGUCAAGGCACUGGUAGUGUGUGACUUGUCCUCGUUGAAGCUGGACUUCCCUGUCGUUGGUGUACUGAGCUUUUUUUUAUUAUUAUUUUUUAUUUGUUUUUAAUUUCGCUCCUUAUUUGGAUUUCUAUGUAUUGGUGUCCAGUGACGGAUUCCCAAACAACAUAGCUGCAGACACCAAACAAAAUGCUGCUGCCAACAACCACUGCAACCAUUCCUGUUUCCUUUCACCUCUGUGUGGAAUCCAGGAAUAGGUCAGAGUGACGGGAGAGAUGCGAGUGAGGAAGAGAAACAAAGAGAGGCAGUUAUACGGACAGAGACGGAAAGCAGGAGAGAUGGCCAUGUACACAUAAGAACCCUGCAUAGUGACUCCAGACGGAUAAACGGACUGGUAGGCACUUCAAAUCGUGGGCAGAUAAGAGAAAAGAGGAAGAAAGCAACCUCUUUAGCGCAGUGGCCAGCGUGAGAGCAGAGCACAUGAGGAGCAGAAACGACUCACCAUCAACAUCCUGACGAGUAACCUUGCUUCUGCACCCCACCACGCACCCGCCAACUCCAGAAGUGGGCGUCAGCAGGAAGGAAACGAGCGACCACUCCUCCUGCCGGCAUGAGGUCCUUCCGUUCCUUUAGUAACGAUGACCGCCACGUCAUGGCGAAACACUCCACCAUCUACCCCUCCUCUCAGGAGCUAGAGGCUGUUCAGACACUGGUUUCAACCGUUGAAUGUGCCCUUAAACAUGUCUCUGAUUGGCUGGAUCAGAGCAGCAGCAACGUUCACAACCAGCUUGACAGCCAACCAGCAGACACAGAGGAGGAUGACCCUGGUGAUCAGCCCAGCGAAGAAGCUGAGGAAUCCAGCGACAGCUACAGGGAAUCCAGCAGUGGUGGCGUGCUUUGUGGAGUGAUGAGGAUUGGUCUAGUGGCCAAAGGACUCCUGAUUAAAGGCGACAUGGACCUGGAGCUGGUGUUGAUGUGCAGAGACAAACCAACACAGACACUGCUGGACACUGUCUGUCACAAUUUACCCACACAGAUCCAGAAACUGACAGAAGAAAAGUACGAAGUAACAAGCUCCUUGCCCGAAGCAGCCAUCUUGGUACAAACCACAACAGAGCCCAAACUCACUCUGAAGAUUACCCUUACCUCCCCGGCAAUGAGGGAAGACUAUGAUGAAGAGGAGGAGGAAGAGGAAGAGGAGGUCGAAGAGGAACUGGAGAAUGGGGAAGAAGGAGAGGAAGCAGAGGAGCUAGUGGAGGAAGAAGAGGAGGAGCAGGGAAAGGAAAAUGGUCAAGUGUUGGGUGCUGCUGCGCAGAAAGUGGAGGCUGAGGAGGAGGAGGAGGGGGAGGUGCUGGAUAGACACAGAUGUCUGUUGGCCCUGGCAGCGCUGCGACACGCCAAGUGGUUCCAGGCUCGAGUGAACGGACUUAAGUCCUGUGUUAUCAUUCUCAGGAUACUAAGAGACAUGUGCAAUAGACACCCCGUCUGGGAACCUCUCAAGGGAUGGCCUUUAGAGCUCAUAUGUGAGAAGGCCAUUGCCACCUGCAAUAGGCCUCUCGGGGCUGGAGAAGCCCUGCGUCGGGUCAUGGAGUGUCUGGCCUCAGGCAUACUGCUACCAGGUGGCCCAGGUUUACACAACCCAUGUGAGAAAGAGCCUACAGAUGCUCUAGCUAAUAUGACCGACCAGCAGGCUGAGGCCAUCACCUACAGCGCACAGCAUGCUCUCAGACUCAUGGCGUUCGGACAGAUCUACAAGGUGUUAGAGAUGGAGCCUCUCCCCUCAAAUAAACCAUCACAGAAAUAUCCUUGGUCCGAUAAAGAAGGUUUAGGUCUGAAGAGGCCAUACGAGGAUGGGGCAAUGGAUGACAAGGACCUCAUCAAGAAGAUGAAGAGAAAUCUUAGAAAAGUCCUGGACAAUAAAGCCAUAGACUCCAACCAGCCAAUGAACGCCCUGAUGCGCUUGAACCAGAUCCGGCCGGGGCUGCAGUAUCGCCUGCUGUCCCAGUCGGGGCCGGUUCACGCUCCGGUCUUCACCAUGUCUGUGGACCUGGAUGGAACCAUUUAUGAAGCAUCUGGAUCCUCAAAGAAAACAGCCAAGCUCCAUGUUGCCGUCAAGGUCCUCCAGGCGAUGGGUUACCCAACGGGUUUUGACUCAGAUCUGGACCCCAUGAGCUCGGACGAGAAGUCAGACGGUGAAGGGAAAAGUGAGACGUCCUCACACUCUAGCAAUAACCCAACACACUCCUCAGAUGGUUCCAACACGCUGGAGGUGCGAACUCAGGGCCCCAUACUGACAGCAAGCGGGAAGAAUCCCGUGAUGGAGCUAAACGAGAAGAGACGAGGCCUCAAAUACGAGCUCAUCUCUGAAAGCGGAGGCAGCCACGACAAACGCUUUGUGAUGGAGGUGGAGGUUGAUGGGCAGAAGUUUCGUGGGGCAGGUCCCAACAAAAAGGUAGCAAAAGCCAGCGCUGCUCUAGCAGCUCUGGAAAAGCUCUUCUCUGGUCCCAACGCAGCUGCUAACAAGAAGAAGAAAAUAUUGCCUCAGACUAAAGGAGCUCUGGCCGCGGCAGCAGCAGCCUCAGCAGUCGCAGCACAGGUAGCCAGAGGAAGAGGAAGAGCAGCCCUUGCAAGAGGAGCCUUCGUCAGUGCAGCAGCACCUGGAUAUGUCACACCAGGCUUUGGGACACCGUAUGGCUACAGCCCCGCUGCAGCAGCUGCUCCUGCUUACGGUGGUCUGUUUAUCGACAAUCCUUUCUACCAGCCACGUACCAUCGCUCCCUUUAUCAUCCACCUGGGUCCCCAGGAUCUCUUCUCUGACUUCUAAAAGCAGUGACUUGUCGGAUACACUCUUCACACUUUACCUGUCUGUACACACAGGGCACCUGGCUGCACACACCUGUUUUUUUCCGUCUGUCCAAGUGGGCCGCCUCUCUGUCCCAGCUGAUGGAUUAAUUUCCAGAUUCAAAGCAGUUUCGGUUUGAUAUGUCCUCUGACCUGCUGAUCGAGAAAGCACAGAGCUCCUCUCUCUGCUUCCUCCUCGCUCCACCCAGAUUAUCCUCCCCAGAGGAGAGCAACUUUACUCAAAGCAAUACUCGGAUUUUACGAGAAACACUCAGCCGAGACUGUACAAGAACAGGCUGGACUUUGGUCUUUCUUAUAGCAAUACACCUGAACUCGUCUAUUUACUUGAGAAGAUGUGAAUGUCCGACGGAGUUUUACUCAACACAGCAUUGCAAUAGCUGAUUUUGAUUGUAUAUUCAAUCUAUGUGUGUGUACGUGUGGCUAUAACAUGACUAUAUACACAUGAGUACGGUGUAUUUCUAUAACGUGUUGACAAUAAUAUUAAUAUAUGAUGAUGUAUUUAUGUAAAUACUCCAAAGUAUAAUUGUUGUUAUAAAUUAUUUUAGAAUUAUAAAGUGAAAUGUAACUGUAAUAUCACAGUAUAGCUUUCUUCCAAUUUUAUAUACACUGAGCAAGUGAAGCUAGUUCUAGAGGAUGCAAUAUUAUAUUUGGUAUUCCUAUUAACCUGUGCUAGUAGACUAUUAAUGCUUCCUACUUUCCUUCCUUCUUCCUUUCCUCUGUCUCUGAUGUCUUUCUGAGCACACAGUCUGCAGCCUGAGGUCCGUUUCCACGGCCCGGUCCAGACAUGCUCACUGCUAAACACAUUCGUAACCUAAUCACACACUUUUUUCCUGUCAGAAAGCACAUUUUCUAUAGUCUCACUGCUGGCAGGGAAUACUGUUGUUACAAAUGCUGUGUGUGUAUAGUACAUGUAUGCUCUUAUGGUCACACUCUUCCCUCUAUCAUUAACAACUAUCAACACAGAACAGCCAUCAGCUCCAUCCUCGCCUGCCUUAUAGGGUCCAAAAGCACAGCUCCCCGGGUACCCCUCCUUCCUGCACACACACACACACUUCAGUCUCCUUCUCUAUGGCUUUUCAACACUGUUUGGCGAUGAUGCUGCUGGUGGAGGAAAUGGUUUUACUGUGGAAAAAGCACAAACUACUGGCAGAGUAACUGAACAUGCAAAGCUUGGUAAAACGAUGGACUUGGAUUGGAGAUCUUAGCAUGCAGCGAUGUGUUUCUAGCUUGGAUUGAUGAUUCAGGUCCAGUCUCAGCUCUUCACUUCGGCCUCAUGUUGCCUUACAAAGAACAAGAUUAACACUACCAAUGUGGUGUUUGUUACUCAGCAUCAGAAUUGAUAUACAGAGAGAAGACGUUGCAUACUUGGCCACACCACAAGAUUUCUUCUAUUAUUGUGGAAUGUAUUCUGGUAUCUGUGAAUAAUUAGUAGUUCACUGUGUGGUGGGACUCUUAUCUGUUUACCCUGCCAUAACACAUAUUGAACUUGUGUAUACAUAGUGAUUAAAUUAAUAACUUAUUCCAUUAAAAUCUUAAGUGCUUUCAUCAAGUACGUUUGCAUCAGCAGUGUAGAUGUAGACCUCCCCCAACGCUGUGUUUACGUCCUUCUGGGAGCUUUUUAUCGCUGUUGUUUUCAGUUUUAAAAGAGAUGAAACAUCAGUCUGCAGAGGCAAAAAUCGAAGGGAAUGUGCAUCAUAGGGCUUUGAUUCUUCUCACAUUCACCUUGAUCUGGGCGCUGGUUUUGAUCUAUGGAGCUUUGAUUUAACAGGAAUGACACCUGAGAAAGAGGUGAUAGACACACAAAGCCUUUAAAGUCAAUUUUUAUAGACAGUAAGCUAGAGUUUGUGACACCAAGGAGCUGAUGAAAAGGCCUUUGCAGGUUUAGUAAAGAUGGAAUGAUAAAAUUGUUGCAUUAAGUUGUAAUUGAGAGACGAGGGUUAACGGAAGGAUGGUGUUCACCUCCUACUCAUCUAAUCUGUGUAGAAAGCCAGUAAUUUCAUUUUCUAGCAUUCAUAGCACAGCAUUCAGAUCUGAGACUUUUUUUAAUGUUUUUUUGUUUGUUUGUUUUUUGUUUCCUGCACAGUAUCUCAAGCUGUUCAUUUUGGUUUUCCACCAAAUAACAGAGCAGCAGCAGAGCAUUGGUGCUUGUCUCUAAAAGUCUGAACCAGAGUCCAGACCAGAGUGAAGAGUUGCUUUAACUCUUCGUUCUUGUGUGGAAUUCACAUGCAGGUGAAUAACUUGGCGCUCCGCUGUGUCAAAACAGAUUUUUCCUUUUUUUUAAACCAGCUUCCUCUCUCUGCCCCCAGUUCUCUCAGUCCAGAUGGCCCACAUUAAUAAGGCAGACAGUCAUACCUCAGUGAGCAACCUUUUCAUUUCCCUUCAGACUGAACAGACACGAAGGAGGAGUCACCCUGACUGUUGACCCUGUCCUCGGUGUGUUGGCCGUACAACCGCGUGCAAAGGACGGGCGGCGAAGCGGGAGUGCAGAUAAACACCGUCGGUCUAAAACUGGCACAGGCUGUCUGAUGGGAAUGUGCAGGACGUGGCUCAUCCGCAGUCGGAGACAGUGUUAAUUUACUGGGAGUUGUCUCCUGGUUAGGCACAAAUCCCAUGUGUGUUUCUUGUUAGAGCUUAUAGUGAUGUGUGAGGCUGAUUAAAACCCAUUUAUUAAUCUGACAAUUUGAUGGGGAAUUAAAAAUUAAAUUUUUGUGUUUUAAAGUAAAUAUGCAGUAAUGAUUUAGGGAAACGAUGAAAAGAUGGACAUUUAAACACUGUAUCCUCCAUCAAGGCAUCUGCUCUAUUUUACAGUUUCAUGACAUUCGAGUUAGUAAUUUCUGUGCAGUAGCAGUAAUCUGGUAUAGUUAAGUUAAAAGUGGGCUGAGGAGUGGGCUCAUUUAUCUGGCCAGAAAGAUCAUAUUCCACCUAAAAGCAGCAUCAUGGUGCCCAUGUAGUCCAUGAAUGUAGGCCACACAGACUGAUAUAUAUGUGUUGAGAGCUUCUCUUAAGUGUAGUGGGUGUGCCCCAUUUAAGGAUGUUGUUCCCUGAACAUUAACACUGUCCACACACACACAGACACACACACACAAACACCACCUCUCGGCUUGCGUUUAGCAAAACAAAAACUACACUAGUAAAUCCAAAAAGCACAAAACGCACAUAAGCAAUACACCCACUCAUCGUACUCAGGGCCACCUGACACACACAUAUGCAAAUGGACCAUCAGACACACACACAAGCACACUCAUAAUCACAUAUAGAUAUGUUUUUGUUGAACAGCCAAGCACACUGAGAUAAUUUGACUUUCUUUGCUCAGUUGAUUGUACAUUUGAGUGCAAUGUGAGUCACAAGCUGUUGGACCUUUUGUUGUUUGAGAAUUGUUGCCCUGUCUAGCUGAGAAAAUGCAUCCCCCACCUACUCCAUUUAAUAUCAUGGUGCUUUAUGAAUGCUGCCUGUAGCACUGUACACAAUGGAUCUUUGCUGGGAGGAAAUGGGGAGGAAAAUCUUUUUCUGGGAACACAUGCGGGAGCUUUAGAUGAUGCAAUAUGUUCAGUAAUUAAAGUUCAGAUUUCUUCUCCCCCCCCCAGUAUCAUCAGAUUCUACUUGG